AUGAAGAUCACUGUGGUCUUGGCUUCUGGCUUUAAAGCGUUUGUUAAACUGACCGAGAGACUCGGUUUAGAUGCCACUGAAACUCAUUUGAAAUGGUGUCUUAUUGCAGGAUGGCUGUCCCGUCUCAGCAUGACGACUAUUUCUGGGUUUGGUGAAGAGGAUCCCGGGAGCUCUUCAUCAAAUCCAGCUGUUAGCAGUGGAUCCUGUGUCGUUUACAGGGCAUCAGCUGAUGUUCAUGUGAAACAGUCAAAGGUCCUGAUUCCUCUGACUCGCUGCAAUUCCCAUAAAGAGACAAUUCAGGGACAGCUGAAAGUCCGAAACGCCGGCCUCUACACACUCAUCUUUGACAACUCCUACUCACGGUUUAUCUCCAAGAAGGUCUUCUACCAUCUGACCAUGGAGAGACCCAUCAUCUACGAUGGAAGUGACUCCCCUGAACAUGGAUGAUAUAAAGGAUCUCAAAGAUGGCAAAUUCAACGACAGUUCCUAAUUAAUAUGAUUUUAUUUUACCUCUUUUUCUCCAAAUCAGUUUUUACCCAAGUAUUUUAUGUCUCCAUUUUUGAUUGUGUUAUUUAAGUCUGUGGUCUUGUUGUUUUUAGGUGUCCCCAUGUUUUAACUGUGGCCUAAGUGAAGUGUUGUCAACAAGAUGGAAACGUUUCUGAAGGAAACAGAAAGACAAAUGUUUUUAUAGAUGUCCACCAAGUAAUAUACAAUAUGUACUCCAAGUUUGGUUAGCUUUUGGUUUAGUUUGAGACCUUUUUUGUCUUUCUUUUAUUUUUGCCAGUCUUACUAUUGGUCUCUCUUUUCCCAAACAUGCUGUCACGUUAGGGAAUGCAGUAGUAUCAGCGUAUGCAAUAUGAUAAAGAAUGUAUGGUAAGUAUUUAUUGGCAAAAGACCCAAGACAUAUUUUAUUUUAAUUGACAAAGUACGGUCAGUUGUUGUGCAAUCUUUUAAAUCAAAGAAUUCAAAGCAGAAAGCUGCAGACAAAAGGUUUGCUCCUGGCUUUAUUAACGACCCUGUCUGAACACUAUGUUUGCACUUUGCUAGCGCAGGAAUAUACAAAAGUAGAAACUAGAAACUGACCCGGAAAAUUACAAUAUCUGUUUUAUAAGAAACCGUAUAAACUUUGUGCAGAUCUCAGGAGUGGGACGUUGAAGUGUCCUCUAUUUGUAGCAUGUCCUUAUUUGUAAUGUUUUUGGGAAAGAGAAAGAAGAAAAACUGCCAUCUUUGUUUCUGUGUCAGGAGAAUACAAAUCAGCUUUCUCCAUCCAGUUUAUAGGACCUCAUUAAGCGGAGUGCCUGCACCUACACAGGCUGACUGGUGUCAUUACAAUGACAUUCACUAAAAGUAUAUUAAAAACUGUCAGCUAAUCAGCUACUGUACUUCUAAAGUGCCUAUUAUCUCUGAUGGCCAGGGAUUACUUUGCUUUUGUAGCAUCGACAUUAAACAUGACACUUGGUACGAGUUGAUACCGUUCUGUAAAAACGUAAUCCCAGUGACAUUCAAAUCACAAAUCACACAUCAGCAUUUGUUUUAAGUUUGACUUUCAUUUGGAUUCUAUUGUAAUCCCUGGCAUCUCGUUUAGGAAACCCUUUUCAAUGUACUCUCGAUGAUCAAAUGGCUUUUAUUAUGUUUUAAUGUUUCUUUUAAAGCAAAGUAAUGAGAAAAGAAUGAUCCAGCUCAAUCUCGGGUAAAUCCGUACACUACUUUAAAAGGCAAGGGCUAAUCUCUGUGUUGAUGAAAUCUUUUCUAGCUUCAAGAUCUCUUAUAUUUUUAAUGGGUAUAUAUUUGUGCAAUUUCUAUGCAAAGGCUCAUAUUUUCAUUACAGAGCUGCACUUUGUGAUAAUCACUUUACAAUUUGUCACAAACAAUACUGAUUAUACUGUAUACAAUACUGUUCAGUUUACAGUAUCUUUGUCAGAUUUUUGUACUUGCCGAUUUUAAAGGAUCAUUUUUGCAGAAGUGUAAUAUGCUUGAAUCAUAACUACAGGCACUCAGUGUGACUCUAAUAGACCUGUCAAACAUCCAGUAAACAUGAAUAAAAUGUGAGAUCGA